GAGAAUAAGUUCAACCCCGAGGUAGUGGAGCACAUCUAUCAGCACAACCCCAUCCUGAAGUACACCCAGGGCCCCCUGUACGCUCCUCUUCUGCCCUUCCCCUACGGCAGUCUGGAGCACACAUACCACAGUGGGAAAGGCUACGGCUCGGUGCGUGAGGAGGCCGUGAAGCUCUUCAACUGCCUCCAGCAGCUGGAAUCGGCACGAGAGCCGGUUCCCAUCAUCCAGGGUGUGCUGCAGACCUGCCUGGACCUGCGCCCCCUCCGCGACGAGGUCUACUGCCAGCUGGUGAAGCAGACCAGCUACACACCUUCCCCAUAUACUGCUGCACAUCUCCGUUACUGGCAGCUGCUCACCUGUAUGAGCUGCACCUUCCUGCCUGGGUCCACAGUGCUCAAGUACCUGCGAUUCCACCUCAAGAGGAUCCAGAGCCAAAGUCCCGAGUCUGAGAUGGAUAACUAUGCAUCAUUCAUCAGCGAGGCUCUGGAGAAGACCAAGUGUCGGGAGUGUGUGCCAUCCUGGGAGGAAAUCCAGAUGCUGAUGAGCCGACAGGAGAUGCUGUGCACGGUGCACUACCCUGGCCCUGGGUCCUGCCAGCUUUACAUCAGCUCACACACCACUGCCAAUGAGGUGGUUCGGAGGAUGCAAGAGAAGCUCGGCCUACAAGAGAGCAAAAACACGUUUGCACUGUAUGAGCAGAAUGCACUGUGGGAGCAGCCGGUCACAGGGAGCGCUCUGAUCGCAGACAUCCUGACCAGCUUCACCACCAAAGAGUCAGAGUCUAAAUCCCAAUGGAAGCUGUGUUUCAAGCUCUACUGCCUGCUGGAUGCCGACAGCAUAUCAGUGGACAGCAUCGAGUAUUUCUUCCUCUUUGAGCAGUGCCAUGAGAUGGUGGUGCGCGGUCAGCUGCCAGCCUGUGAAGAGGACCUGCAAGCGUUAGCAGCCCUGAGGCUUCAGUGCUUGAUGGGUGACUUUAGCACGCACGCCCCAUGCCCACCUCUGGAUGAGCUUUUCCCAGGCCACAUGCUUGAAACUCGGGUUCUGAUGUCUCUUGCUGCCCCGCAAGCUAUGCCUCCUUGUCAGGUGGCAGCUCAGGGCUGUCCCGCGACACAGCGCUUCCCUACGGGCCUCCUGGCGGGGACGCUGUGGAGCCACACGGCUACAGCGGCACACAAGCAAAAGGUGGAGCAGGACAUGCGUCUGCGGAGCCGGCUGAAGGAGGAGGCAGCAGCCGUCAUGGGAUCCAUCUUAGAUCGAUGGAAAGGUCUGGCCGGCUACAACCGCAGGGACAGUAUGGCCGCCUACCUCACAAUUGCACGCCAGUGGUCGGGCUUUGGAUGCACUCUGUAUGAAGUCGACUUUUAUAUUAGUUCAACAGGGAGCUUUUCCCAGAAGCUGUGGCUGGGUGUAGCUGCUACAUCCGUGUCUCUGUAUAAACAGGGAGAAUCAGAGGCCUUGGAGUCCUUCCCGUACGGCCAGAUUUGCUCUUACGGCGUAUCUGACAGCAACACCUUCAAGAUCACAGCUGGGGACCGAGAUCUGCUAUUUGAAACCACCAAGCUGACUGAGAUCAUGCAGCUGAUGAAUGCGUAUUUCAGUGCCAUCCAUCGCCAGCGAGGAAAAGGGGAAGGUGCAGACAUCACCAUCACAGAAAGCACAGAGGUGGGCUUCCAUCAUCUGGGCUCAACACCCAAGCUCCUGGAGCUGCCCUCCCACCCCGUUUGAAAGGAGGGACCCAUAGCCAGACAACCUCCCCUCCAGCUCCCCCGACCCUUGCAGUCCUCCUCCACGUGGCCCCCCUAUGAGGCCCAGUCCUCAGGACCCCGCGCCUCCUCCGCUGGGAAUGGCGCAGCAGCCAAAACAAAGAGAGGGCUGUUUUCGCUCCCCAUCCAUGAAAAUAAACCCUCAACUGAGCUUUCCAGCUGAAGGAGCUGGCCGGUGGAGGAGGGGAGGGAACGGGAAGGCAAGGGGUUCUGUUUUGCAAGUGAGGCCAGAAACCCACAGAAACCAAUGUGGUUGCUGAUGAGGUGUCACACACACACCCCACCCCCCACCUCACCCCACCCUGUCACGCAACCGUUACCCUACAUGGCAAUACCUUCACCCUCCUCCCCCCCACACCUCCUCGACAAUGUGAGAUGUUGAGCCUUACUACAUCAGGGAGAGACGGCGUCGUGCUCCCCCCUUCAGAAAGGCUUAAGAGUGACAACACUACUCUCCCUCCGUUUUCUUUCUUCAAAGUGUGCCAUAUUUGUAUUGCCUUUCCUAGAAGGCGGUCGUCCCUCAUGCACUGCUGGAAUAGUGUUGAGAACAUUCAGUGACACACACACCCCUCACGUCUUUGCCGCUUUCUCCCUCCCUCUCUGUGCCACACAUAAACACUGACUCACUCUCUCUUUUGCCCUUAUGCUGACAUGUUCAUCAGAGACAGUCAGUUUUCAUAAGGUCCCGGGCUGGGCUUGCAUUACCUGGAACUGUUGAUGCAGUGAGCCAUGUGAACUUGGAACUGGAAACAGAUGUUGAACUCUGUAGCUAAGUCACUCUGGCUGCCAUAAAGCCUCUUACCUAUGGGAUUAUCAGAUAUGUGUGUGUGCGCACACGCAGAAGUAUGUGUGUCUGUUUGAUCAAGAAAAACCAUUUCCUUGAUGACACGUUCAGGAUCUGGGUUAAUUGUGUUUCACAGAAACCAAAGGAUUUUGGAGCUAUUUCUACAUUGUUUCCACCAAAUGCUCUGAUUCGUCCUUUGUUGUGCUGCUUGUGUUGGCUGUAAUCCUUGACAUGAAACUUGGUUAACACUUGACUGAUUGGAUAAUUUUGCUUAUGUCAGUUACUAUCCUAAUGCAGCUCUUUUCUGCUGAAAAUAACAGGUGCUUCUUUGUUUAUUGUUAUUUUCACCAUGUAUAUACAAUGGAAGAAAUUGGACUUGGCCCCAGUCAGUGAUGUGGAUCAUUAAAGAACUGACUCCAUAUUGACCAUGCAGUGCCCCAUCUGGCCCCCCCUUUCUGUUUUUUUUUUAAACAAAAACCUUUCUAAUCAGGCCAUCGAUGCUUUUCUAACAUUAUUUAUGCAAAAUUUCUUUUUUUUUUUUUUUUUUACUGUCCCUCAUGUCUUAAUUGCAGACCCAGAUGUAUUUUGAUAUUAGAUUUGCUUUAAAUGAAGAGCCUCAUAUGUUGUUGGCGCUGCUCCUUAAAGCAGCAUAUAUGUGUAAAUCCUGUGUAGCUCCCUCUUUGUGUUCACUGUUUGAGUAUUCUUGUGAAACCAAAGUUUUGCCAAGUCAUGGGUUUGAGCACGGACCAAAGAUGUUUUUUGUUUUUUUUAAAAUAAGCUUUUACAACAAGAAAAUAUCCUAACGCAGACAGAUCCCCCAAUUCAUAUUCAACUGUUUUCACUUUUUUUCUUUUUUCUUUAAAUAUGAGACAUCGUGCAACCUUUUUUUUUUUUUUUUUUGUAAUUGUAGUAAUGACCGUGUAGGAAUAAGGCCAUAAAAGCGUUGUAAAGAUAAUACUACAGUACUGUCUGCUACACAGCCCCAUGCAAUAAGCAGCCUCAAAACUUAACUCACCGUGGAAGGCCUUGACAAGUCAUUGCACAGUCAGCCGUCUCCUGCUCAGAAGCAGGUCUUUGCUUUUUCUACUGCAGCUGCAGGCAGCUCCAAGCUACAUGUAUGAAAAAAAAAAUCAAACUGCAGAUGUAUUUGCUUUGUAUUAAGCUUGUUUGUAUGAUGCAUGGUACCUUUUUAUGUAAUGUGUAUAGUUAAUUGCACUAUUGUUUGUUUUUAACUAACUUGGGAGUGCAAUAAAAACUAUGAAUACUGUAUGUAAUUAAUAAAAAAAAAGCACCAUUUUAA